ACGUCAGGAUCGCAUCCAUUCCCUACGCGAAAUGCUUUGCAAACUGAAUCUAACAAGAGCAAUCCUCCCCGAUUCUGUGCGUUUCGGUGAGGAGGCAUUCACAUGCGCAGGCAUACAAGUCGGCUAAAGAACUCGGCGAAGUGGGAAGGUCAUUUUAAGUGUAGCGAGAGCUCGCGUCGAGUAUGGUCUGUGAAAGGGGGAACAUCACAAAGAGCCAACAUCAGUAACUUCGGGAUUUACUUGUAAAGGCGCUUUUUUCUGGAGAUCGUGGGAUAAUCUUUGUGUAAACAUGCCUGUAAGAAGAGGACACGUUGCGCCACAAAAUACAUUCCUUGGAAUGAUUAUUCGGAAAUUCGAGGGACAGAACCGGAAAUUUGUUAUAGCCAACGCCAGGGUUGAGAACUGUGCAAUUAUAUACUGCAACGAUGGCUUCUGUGAGAUGACAGGCUUCUCUAGACCAGACAUCAUGCAGAAACCAUGCACCUGCGACUUCCUGCAUGGCAACCUGACAGAGAAAGAGGCCAUCAGCCAGGUGGCCCAGGCUGUGUUUGGCUCAGAGGAGCGCAAGGUGGAGAUAACCUACUACCGCAAGGAUGGAACGGACUUUCAGUGUAACAUUCACGUAAUCCCUGUGAAAAAUGAGGAGGGUCUGGUGAUGAUGUUCAUCCUAAAUUUUGAUUAUGUCGUGGAUGAGGAAAGUGACAACUCCACAGAGAAGAUAAGCCCAACAUCCCCUUCAAAGUCUGAUCAAAGGAGUAGAUUCUUCCGCUUCCGCCAGGCUGCUUUGAGCUUAAUGAACACUAAGCAAUCACUUCCGCAAGAGGACCCGGAUGCUGUGAUGGUGGACCCACCCAAAGAGAAUGAGGGCUCAAUGGCCCUGCAGAGCUUCCCCUCACCCACCAAGAGCAUUUGCAGUCCCAUUGAGACCAAUGACACACAUGGCCUCAUAGGCUCAAGCCACCACUCUUCCCCAGCUAGCAUUGGACCUGAACCAAUUGACCAUUCAUCCCCAAUACUCCUCUGGGAGAAGCUGUACCAGACGGAGCCGCACCAGUCCUCCACCACCCUGUCAAACACUUUUCCCAGAGGCAGCUUCAACAGCAUGAGACGAGCCUCAUCUGUCCAUGAAAUUGAGGCCUACAGCUCCAAUUCCAAAAGCAUAUUCGGGGAUCGUACUACCAGUGAAGGCCCUUUUAAUAAUGUGAAGUCCAGCCUGCUUGGCUCUACCUCUGACUCUAACAUCAAUAAGUAUACCACCAUCCACAAGAUCCCCCUGAUUGCACUGAACUUCAACGAGGGGUCUGAAAAGAAGGCUCACUCUCCCCCAACAUCUGAGACAACCAUCAUAGCACCAAAGGUCAAAGAAAGAACUCACAAUGUCACGGAAAAAGUCACACAGGUCCUGUCACUUGGAGCUGAUGUGCUGCCAGAGUAUACUCAAACAGCCCGCAUUGACAAGUUCACCAUCCUCCACUACAGCCCCUUCAAAGCUGUGUGGGACUGGCUGAUCCUGCUGCUGGUCAUCUACACGGCAAUCCUCACUCCCUACUCCGCUGCCUUCCUUCUCAAUGACCAAGAGGAGCAGAAGAGACGUGAAUGUGGAUACUCCUGCAGCCCUCUGAACGUGGUGGAUUUAAUGGUGGACAUCAUGUUUAUCAUCGACAUCCUCAUAAACUUCAGGACCACAUACGUAAACAUAAACGAGGAGGUGGUCAGUGAUCCAGCUAAGAUAGCAAUCCAUUAUUUUAAAGGCUGGUUCCUCAUAGACAUGGUGGCGGCAAUCCCAUUUGACCUUCUUAUCUUUGGCUCAGGAUCAGAUGAGACCACCACUCUGAUUGGCCUGUUGAAGACAGCUAGGCUCCUGCGAUUGGUGCGUGUAGCCAGGAAGUUGGACCGCUACUCUGAGUACGGUGCUGCGGUCCUCAUGCUGCUCAUGUGCAUCUUUGCCCUUAUUGCCCACUGGCUAGCCUGUAUAUGGUAUGCCAUUGGCAAUGUGGAGAAGCCUUACUUGGAGCACAAGAUUGGCUGGCUGGACAAUCUGGGCGUGUCCAUAGGAAAGAGAUACAACUACAGCGACCCUAACUCUGGUCCCUCCAUCAAAGACAAGUACGUCACCGCUCUUUACUUCACCUUCAGCAGUCUGACCAGCGUGGGCUUUGGAAAUGUUUCCCCAAACACCAACUCUGAGAAGAUUUUUUCCAUCUGUGUCAUGUUGAUUGGCUCCCUCAUGUAUGCCAGUAUUUUCGGAAACGUGUCAGCCAUCAUCCAGAGGUUGUAUUCGAGUACAGCCAGGUAUCAUGCUCAGAUGUUACGGGUCAGGGAGUUCAUACGCUUCCACCAGAUUCCCAACCCUCUGAGGCAGAGGUUGGAGGAGUAUUUCCAACACUCCUGGGCCUACACCAACGGCAUUGAUAUGAACACGGAGGUGUUAAAAGGUUUCCCUGAGUGCCUGCAGGCGGAUAUCUGCCUUCAUCUCAACAAGAAUCUUCUUGAAGAGUGCAAAGCGUUCCAAGGAGCCUCCAAAGGCUGUCUGAGGGCCUUGGCCAUGCACUUCAAAACCACUCAUGCCCCUCCUGGAGAUACUCUGGUCCACUGUGGUGAUGUUCUCACCGCUCUCUACUUUCUGUCUCGUGGCUCUAUUGAGAUCCUGAAAGAUGACAUUGUGGUAGCCAUCCUGGGAAAGAAUGACAUCUUUGGCGAAAUGAUCCAUCUACUUGCCAAGCCCGGGAAGUCCAAUGCUGAUGUGCGCGCUUUGAGUUAUUGUGACCUGAGCACCAUUCAGAGAGAGGAUCUGCUGGAGGUGAUAGACAUGUACCCAGAGUUUGCAGACUACUUCUUCAACAACCUGGAGCUGACCUUUAACCUCAGAGAUGAGUCUCCAAAGCCCUCCAUCUCCCAAGGCGGGGAUUCAGACGGCGAGGGCAGUAAGACCAUCAAAAGAAGGAUCUCAUUCACACCAGAUAUAUCUACAGUGGAAAACAAGGGAGAAGUUACAAACUUAGGGAGAGACCGGGAGUCUAACUCGUCCCUAAAAAGAAGUUCAGAAGUCCUGAAACCCUCUCCACCCAACGCCCCCGUCCUAGGCUCACAUCUUGCAGUCAGAGACAACGUGGGGAGAAGACCAUCUUUCGAAGAUUUGUGCUGUGAUAAAUGGGCCUGUAAGAAGCCUACGGAGUACCUGGAUGAGUCAGCACAAUUCCAGGACCUGAGAGAGGAUGAUAACUCCGCCAGCGAGAUCACGUAUGGAGAGGUGGAACAGCGCUUAGGUCAGCUUCAAGAGCAUUUAAACAGGCUGGAGAAUCAGAUGGUGACAGAUAUUCAAACCAUCCUGCAGCUGCUGCAAAGACAGCCGACGCUGGGCCCUCCAGCCUACAGCACUGUGACUGCCAGUCCAGACUAUCACACCCCUGCUGUGAAGGUUCAGCCAGUUGCUCUGACUGCAAGCCAUUUCUUCAGCCAUACAGGAACUCAAGGUCCCAACCAGGAACUGGAGAGGGCCGUUCAGGAAUCCAAAGACUCUCUGUCGAGCUUGGCCAACGUGAAUGCACCCAUUGAGGGCAGCCUUACAGCAUCGCUUGUACAAAGACAUACAGAGACUCAACAACAACAACAGAUCACAGGGCAUCAACAGUCAGCACUGAUGCUUCUUCCAACUGAAACCUCUUCAAUCUCCUCCUCUUCAGCAGCCCCUUCCGACUCCAACCUUCACACCACUGGCCUCCAAAGACCUGUCUCAGACUCAGAGUUUCCAAGGCCAUAAUCUUCCAGAGGCACUUAUACCUUAUACCUGGGUUGUUAAGCUGUUAUUACUUUUUUAAGUAGCAGCUUUUUAUCAGCAUGCUGGCACAGACAUCUGUAUUGUUCAUUUGCAAUGGCUUGGUAUUAGUAGGCCUGGUAGGAUGUUUUUUUUCCUUCAUUAUGCAUGUGGAUAAAAAAAAAACGUUUGCUACAGUUAACAGUGGGUUAACUGUUAUCAGUCUAAUAACAAUGGUUACAUAUUGUAACGACAGCUCUAUAAACACUGAAUCCCUCUGAUGGACUCUUUUAAGCAUCAUCACACACAAAAUGUACAUCUCAAUGCCCAACCAUCUAAGAUGAACCUAUUCAACCACACAGAGUGGUCCAAUAAGAGGACAGAAAUGUGCUAUUUAUUAAGUUUACAGCUUCGUAAAUAUUUUCAACUUCAUCUGCACGUAAACUGAUUAAAGAGCACUACCUGGUUGUGCUAGAACUAGCACUGCAACAGCAUAUCAACAUCCUGUGUCACUGGAGCGUUGCACUCUAAUGGGCUCUAAUGGAUUCUGUAGCACGUGACUUUUCAUUUUAUCCCCCGACACAUUACUGGUCACACAGGGCUGGGCUAAGUGGGCCACAAGGCCAUAGUCGGGCUUAAUAAAAGCACACAUUGCACUUACAAUUCGGGUUCCACUGGACCCCAGGAAAUGGACAACCUUGAGAAUCAGAGAGAUGUGUCCCUUCCCAAAUCAUAACUUGCUAAAUAAGCAAAGCUGACUGACCUACCUCACACAAGACUAGGGUCUCAAUGUUCAGCCCAAGGUAUCACAUACUUCGGGUGUCUUCCUGUUGUCAGCUGCAAAGCUGUGAUAAGCUUAGCUCCCCAACCAGUGUGUCGAGGCAGACUGCAACUCCAACCUGAGACUUGGAAGCAGUGUGAUCCAAAGCUAGGGCCCUGCACUAGCUACUGUACUCAUUUCCAUUAUAUGUGUCGAUCUGAAAAAACUAAUUAUGAGAGGGGGACUUUUCUGAAAACGUUGCUUAGCAUCUGAAUCUGAAUCUAGUGCAGGCCAUAGGUUGAAACGCAAAGGUUGAAUUUCUGGGAUACAGGCCAUGUUUACACCAGCAAUAGUCAAUACUGAAACAGAUCUUGUUAGAGCCCAUUAGAGUGUCUAGCCUGUAUGCUAUACAUUUACAGACUAUACAUACUAUUUUCUGCAGCUAUUAGUGAAGCGCAUCAUUAUUACAAAGGUGUGACAACAGUUUUCUUAGUCAUUGUAGGCCCAUCUCUGAAGUGUGACUCAGGGGUUAUGGAAAAUUGCACUGCAAUAUACAGUACAGUAUAAAAUAUACUGUGUUUUUCUUCUUUAAACAAUGUGCAUUAUUACUGCGGUCACUGAUGUGCACCUACUGCACAACGUCAAGCCAACAGAAUGCCCCCUACAUGCAGCUUGAAGUGUUUUUGCUGUUCUGCUGCCUCAGACAAACAAGUAUGGUGUAGGUAUUUCUACAUGGCAGUGCAUGUGUUUUAUAUUUAUAUAUUUACUGUUUUGCACUGCUUAUGAGCCCAAAGUAGCACAUUACAAUAAGAAAAUGAUGUCAGCACAAUUGUCUCUUCUUAGGAUGCACAUGUUUGGUGUGUUGGGGUACUGGUUGGACGGGGACAGCUGGAAAGUUAGUACUUGUGCAUAAGCAGGCCCCAGAGAAGGUUUUGUGCCUAUACAACCAAUCAAAAUGCAAAGUCAGCAUCUUCAUGUAUAACUAACAAUAACAUAGACGAAGCAUAUCGAAUCGAUCCUUGUAUUUUUUUUGGUGGCAAUGUAUGUUAAUGUUGAAUUGUUGUUAGACAAUUGUUAGAAGAUAAAUGCAUCGCAUUGCAGAGUAUUUUUUUUAACUGAGUAAAUUAUAUGAGAAACUCUUUAGAAAAACAGGACUACAUAUGUUUGUUUUUAAGC